AUGGACCCGGGCAACGUCUAUAGCCAUUCCCGCUCGAGGACAACCUCUUCCAACGUCUUUCCAGCGCAACCUCAGCAUCCCCCGCCCAUGCUUUUGUCGCACCAAAUGUCGAGCCAGCAGUUCAAUCGGCGAUCGCCUUCAGUGAGCACCUUCAGCAACUCGAGUAUACAACCGCCCGCCGCGUACCGAACGUCGUCCAAUUCGGACCUGCGACGGUCCAUCUCUAACCGCUCCUUCGGCCAACCCCAGGCAUCUGGCUAUGUGGCUCUCUUGCGCAAACAAAAGGCAACGGUAUGGUGCGAUCGCGCCCAGUAUGAGGACCCUCGGAUACUCGCUCAACAGCGAGCUGCCAAGAUGCGCGCCAACUUGGAGGUUAGCGGGGCUAACCGGGGAACUGGCUCAGCUGGUUCCUCGUCAGGUGGCCGCACAAGUACGGGCAUAAGCGCAACCACAAAGGUCGCUGCCAAGAUCCGGCAUCACGGCAAGUUGCCCGUGGUUGGAUAUGCCAACGAAAACCACGUCGGUGUUGGAGGAGUACCCAUGCGACUCAGCGCCACUGAAGUCGAGGGCGAGAGCAGCGAGGAGGAAUUUGCGUCGAGUUCGCACCACCGCAGGACAGGCAGCAGCGGACGGAGCAGCAUCGGUAGCAGCAGCCGCCGCAACGUCUCUUACAGGGCCUCUGGAGGCACUGUCACCGGAACUGGAUCCCAAAGCGGCCGGCGAUGGAGUCCUGGCGAUACUCCAGAAAGGGCUGGAAGCUUGGUUGAGCAGCCAGAGGACACUAUGCCAAUCAUUGACGAUGCCGCCAGCGGAAGAGCUCAGAGCACGCACAGCGGCAGCAGCGCUGAGCGCGCAGACAAUGUCGGCGAACUGGGAGCGGCCCCAAGACUUGCGAGCAAGUCGCUGAUGCACUCUGCCCUGACAAGAGAAAAGAGCGUCAAGUCUCCCGAGGAACUGAAGAGAAGAGGAAGUGUCGACGAGCGAACAGCCACCCUGACCUCCCAGCGCCUUUACAUUGCCAACCCUGAUUGA